AUGAAGGUAGCCUCUCAGGAUUCAGUGGCUCCUGAAAAUUUAGAUCUCACCUUGCCCUCGCAUGGGCGGGAACCUCCUGACGGGCGUGAUGCCAGGGUCCACCUUCCCUCUCAAAUAGCUGCAGAGGACUCACCCAGCUAUGCUUGCAACAAUUGGCUUUCUGAGGGCGAUUGCAAUGCAAAGUUGUUUCAUCUUGCCGCUUCAGAGAGAGUUAGAAGGUCCACCAUCCAUGAAAUCCAAUUGCAUUCAGGGGAAAUCACUCCUAAUCAAGCAUUAAUCAAAGAAGAAGGUGUUCAUUUCAUGAAAGUUGUCCUCUCAGCAACUCCAUUUGCUAGCCAGUUUGGGGCUGCUGUCAGUCUAUUGGACUGCAUCCCUUCCCUGGUUUCAGCUGUAGACAACGAGCUGCUGUUGGCGCCCCCUUCCUUAGAUGAAGUCCGAAGCUCUGUGUUUGCACUCUCAUCGAUGGGGCCCCUGGGCCUAAUGGGAUUUCUGUGGCUUUCUACCGUGGCUGCACCGAGAACCUUUGCCGACUUUAGACCAAUCAGCCUUUGCAACGUGAUCUACAAAAUCUUCGUCAAAAUCAUCAUUUCAAGGCUCAGCUCCAUUCUCCCCAAGCUGAUCUCGGCGGAACAAGGGGCCUUUAUAAAAGGUCGAUCCAUUGCAGAAAAUAUUGCCUUAUGUCAAGAAAUAUUUACGGACAUUGGAAGGAAGGUUAGGGGAGGCAAUAUAGCCUUCAAACUUGAUAUGGAAAAGGCCUAUGACCGGAUUGAAUGGAGCUUCCUGAAACAGGUCCUCAUCAAGUUUGGUUUCUGCCCGGCCUGGGUUAAGUUGGUGGAAUCUUGCUGGAAUUCUAAUUGUAGAGGUUUCUCCAGGUUGGUGGAAAGCGGCCUUUGCCACCCUUUUAAGCUGAAGCAGGGCUGCAAGCAGGCCACACACCUGCUCUAUGCUGAUGACAUGGUUCUUUUCCUUAACGGUGGUUGUAGAUCUCUCGGUGCAGUCCGUUCUUUUCUCUCAGCCUUCCAAGAGGUGUCUGGCCAGAAAAUUAACCAAAGGAAAAGUGCCUUUUACUACUCUCCAAAGUUGCUAGUCUCCAGGAUUCGAAGCAUUGAGAGAUACCUUGGGAUAAACAAUUCCACCUCAGCCCUCACCUACUUGGGUGUCCCUAUUGCGGGGAGCAGAUUAACUCUUAUCUCCUCUGUCCUGUCCAGUAUUCCAAUCCACUUCCUGGCGGCAACGAUUAUCCCGAAGAAAGUUCUAUCAUCUUUGGAAGCUAGCUUUGCAAACUUCUUCUGGGGUUGGAGGAAUGAAUGUAAUAAGGUGCUUUGA